AUGGCUGUGCAGCUGUUGAAACACGACGACCACCCUCCAUUCGCGGAUCACAAGGAUUUGCACAAGGUCAUCGACGCCACACAACUUGGCAAUGUCACUUGGCAAUGUCUCUCGAUUCAAUACACAGGGGAACGCCCUGAACAUGAUGCUCCUCCGUGGAUGGACAGAGAAUACGAGGUCUGGUACAGAGACCCCCACAUGAUGGCGCAUAACAUGUUAGCGAACCCUACCUACAAGGGUGAGAUUGACUAUGCGCCAUUUCGGGAGUAUGAUGCAUUGGACGAUACACGCCGAUGGAGAGACUUUAUGUCUGCGGACUGGGCAUGGCAACAAGCUGACGAGAUAUCGAAGGAUCCAAACACACAUGGAUCGAUGUUCAUUCCGAUAAUUCUUGGUAGCGACAAGACCACCGUUUCUGUGGGCACAGGUAAUAAUGAAUAUUACCCCCUGUAUGCCUCGAUCGGCAAUGUGCACAACAAUGUGCAACAUGCUCAUGACGAUUCGUUUCGUGUAUUUCGCCGGCAGCUUUUUCACCGUUCACUAUCCACAAUUCUAUCUACCCUGAAGCCUGUGAUGACUGAGUACGAAGUCCUGCGUUGUGCAGACGGUCACUUUCGACGUGUUAUAUUUGGCCUGGGACCCUACAUAGCCGACUACGAGGAGCAACUGGUGCUGUCCUGUACCGUUAAAAAUUGGUGCCCAAAAUGCCUUGCAAGUCGGGGAGAUCUCGAUGGUGGUGGUCUCUUACGCUGCCGAGAGCAUACAGAUGUCCUCAUACAUGAAAAUAUCCACCCGGAUACAUUGUGGCAUGAAUACGGUAUCAUAAGCGUUCUCAUCCCAUUCACAAAUGACUUCCCCCGAGCCGACAUCCAUCAAUUAAUAUCAUUCGAUCUCCUCCACCAGCUAGUCAAAGGCGCCUUCAAGGAUCAUUUGGUGGAUUGGGUAGUAAAGUACCUUAGACUUGAGCAUGGGACCAAACGAGGAGACGAGAUCAUGAGCGACAUAGAUCGAAGAAUUGCUGUUGUGGCGCCAUUCGCUGGUCUACGGCGAUUUCCUGACGGCCGCGGCUUUAAACAAUGGACGGGGAACGAUUCCAAAGCCCUUAUGAAGGUCUUCAUCCCAGCUAUCGAAGGCCAUGUACCUCAAGACAUGGUGCAAUUUUGUUAUAUCGCACGACGCAACGUAAUUACUGAAGCCUCUCUGGAUCAACUCAAAGACGCGCUUGCUCGGUUUCACCACUACCGCCAGAUCUUCGAAACCACGGGCACAGUCCCUCACUUCUCGUUACCCCGCCAGCACUCAAUGACCCACUAUGCGGACAUGAUCCGACUGUUUGGUGCGCCGAAUGGAUUGUGCUCGUCGAUCACGGAAUCCAAGCACAUUAAGGCCGUGAAACAACCUUGGAGGUGGUCUAGCAAGCAUAACGCCAUUGGACAAAUGCUUUUGGCUAACCAACGCCUCGACAAACUCGCAGCAUCUCGCGUAGACUUCGCUGCUCGUGGGAUGCUCAUUGGCUCUGUAUUAUCAAGAGCUGUGGCCGCUCUGCAACGAACACGGGCACAGACUGUACCAGAACUAGCAAGUGAGGUCAAUGUACCAUACCUGCGACGCCUUAUCCGUCAUUUUCUGUUUUCGCAACUCUUUCGCAACGAUCCUUGCAACCCCGAAGAUGUCCCUGCUGCUAGCUGCCCUCGACAUAAUGGUAGACUUCAUGUCUUGAAUUCUGCUGCUGCGACUUUUUAUGCGCCAAGUGAUCCCAGUGGCAUUGGUGGCAUGCGACGAGAACAGAUCCACGCAUGUCCAUCCUGGCGGAAUGUCUAUCCCCGUAAUGAUUGCGUGUUUGUCAACACCAAUUCAGACCUUGAGGGGAUGAAAGGGCUCGAAGUUGCCAGAGUCAGAUGUUUUUUUUCCUUUAGAUAUAAUUGGGCCGCCACGUAUCCAUGCGCUCUUGUUCAUUGGUUCGAUAAGGUCAGUGACUCUGCCGACGAGGAUACUGGCAUGUGGAUAGUCCGUCCAAGUGUUCGUGACGAUGGCACCCCAAACCUCACUGUUAUUCAUAUCGACACCGUUUACCGUGCAGCGCACUUAAUCCCUGUCUACGGUCCCGAUUUCAUUCCUAAGGACAUCGAGUAUUUUCAUUCUUAUGAUGCUUUCCGCUUAUUCUAUGUCAAUAAAUACGCCGAUCACCAUGCGUUCGAGAUAGCGUCUUGA